AUGGAGGGGACCCUUCGACACUUUCCCCGGCAGAGGUUCCCGAUGCGCUGGCAAACAUCGGUCAGGUGGCCCAGGCCAUCAUCCACUCCGCCCUGGUGGAUGGGACUGAGCCAGGCAUGGAGCACGGCCUGCCAGACCGGCUGCAUGGCCUGGUGGGCCCUGCAGGCCUGUCACACGCGACACACAGUGACACAGAGUCUGAUGGGGAGCUGGAGGAGAUGA